AUGCAGCGGCGGGCGGGCGGCGGGGCUCCCCGCGGGGCUCCGGCGCUGCUGCUGCUGCUGGCGCUGCUGGCGGGGGCGGGCGGCGGGCAGCUGCGCUACUCGGUGCCGGAGGAGCUGGAGCACGGCGCCUUCGUGGCCAACCUGGCCGAGGACCUGGGGCUGGACGUCUCCCGGCUGUCGGCGCGCCGCUUCCGCCUGGUCUCCCGGGCGGGGGCCCGGCAGCACCUGGAGGUCAACCUGGAGAACGGGAUCCUCUUCGUCAACGAGAAGAUCGACCGCGAGGCGGUGUGCGGGGCGGGCCGGGGGGGCGUCGGGGGCGGCGCGUGCCUGCUCCACCUGCAGCUGGUCAUCGAGAGCCCGCUGGAGCUGCACCGCGUCGAGGUGGAGGUGCUGGACAUCAACGACAACGCGCCGCGCUUCCCGUGGCAGGAGUACGUGCUCGAGGUGGCCGAGUCGGCGCUGCCCGGCGCCCGCUUCCCCCUCGAGAGCGCCCACGACCCGGACGUGGGCUCCAACGCGCUGCGCACCUACCGCCUCAGCCCCAACGGCUUCUUCUCGCUGGAGGUGCAGACGCGCAGCGACGGCAGCAAGUUCGCCGAGCUCGUCCUCGAGCGCGGCCUCGACCGCGAGCAGCAGCGCAGCCACCGCGUCCUCCUCACCGCCCUCGACGGCGGCGUCCCCGAGCGCUCCGGCACCGCCCGCGUGGUGGUCACCGUCCUCGACGCCAACGACAACGUGCCCGUCUUCGAGCGGGCCUCCUACAGCGUCAGCCUGCCCGAGGACGCGCCCAAAGGCACGCUGGUGGUCCGCCUCAACGCCACCGACCUGGACGAGGGCGCCAACGGCGAGGUGGAGUACUCCUUCAGCGGCCACGCCCCGCCGCCCGUGCGGGAGCUCUUUGCCGUCGAGGCCCGCAGCGGCCAGGUGCGCCUCAAGGGCCAGCUGGACUACGAGCGCGCCAGCCUCCACGAGCUCUACGUGCAGGCCAAGGACCGCGGGCCCUCCGCCGUGGCCGUCCACUGCCGGGUGCUGGUGCACCUCCUCGACGUCAACGACAAUGCUCCCGAGGUGACCCUCACCUCCGUCUCCACGCCGGUCUCCGAGGACGCCCCGCCGGGCACCGUCAUCGCCGUCAUCAGCGUCCUGGACCGCGACUCCGGCGACAACGGGCAGGUGAGCUGCGAGCUCCCCGCCGACGUGCCCUUCCAGCUGCGCUCCUCCUUCCACAACUACUACACCCUGGUGACCACUGAGGCCCUCGACCGGGAGGCGGUGGCCGAGUACAACCUCAGCAUCACGGCGCGGGACCGCGGCUCCCCGGCGCUGGCCACCCGCCAGACGCUCGGGGUCCAGGUGUCCGACGUGAACGACAACGCGCCCCGCUUCCUGCAGCCCUCCUACAGCGUCUACGUGCUGGAGAACAACGCGCCGGGGGCCUCCAUCUGCUCGGUCAGCGCGCGGGACCCCGACGCCAGCCAGAACGCCUACCUGGCCUACUCCAUCGCUGAGGGGCAGAUCCAGGGCAUGCCGGUGGCCACCUACGUCUCCAUCAACUCGGACAGCGGGCACAUGUACGCGCUGCGCUCCCUCGACUACGAGCAGAUCCGCAGCUUCCAGGUGCACGUGCUGGCCCAGGACGCCGGCUUCCCCCCGCUCAGCAGCAACGUGACCGUCCACGUCUUCGUGCUCGACCAGAACGACAACGCGCCGGUCGUCGUGGCGCCGGUGCCGCGCAACGGCUCGCUGGCCGUCGAGGUGGUGCCCCGCUCCGCGGACCCGGGCUACCUGGUGGGCAAAGUGUCCGCCGUGGACGCCGACGCCGGGCAGAACUCGCGCCUCUCCUAUCAGCUGGUGCAAGCCACGGAGGCCAGCCUCUUCAGCGUGGCCCUCUACACCGGGGAGAUCCGCACCGUGCGCGCCUUCCAGGACAAAGACGCCCCCCGCCAGCGGCUGGUCAUCCAGGUGCGCGACAACGGGCAGCCGCCGCUCUCGGCCUCCGUCUCGCUGCUGCUCUCGGUGGUGGACAGCGUGCCCGAGGUGCUCUCCGACUUCAGCGAGUUCCCGCUGGGCCCCGAGGCCCCCUCGUCGCCCCUCACCCUCUACCUGAUCGUCUCGCUGGGCUCGGUCUCCUUCACCUUCCUCGUGGCCAUCGUCAUCCUCACCGCCGUCAAGUGCCACAAGGACCGCCUCACCUUGCGGGACUACGGAUGCUCCUUCCCCCCCGCCGCCGCCGCCUGCUGCUGCUGCCGCCGCCGCCGCGGCUCCUGCCAGCACCCGCCCGCCCCGUCGGAGCUCUUCAAGCACGCCAACAACGCCAACCCUCCGCCGGGCGCCGCGGGGAACAAGGCGCCGGCGGGCUGCGGCGAUGGCGGGGCUCUGGGCGGCCCCCCGGGCUACUGCUACAAAGUCUGCCUCACCCCGGAGUCGGCCAAGAGCGACUUCAUGUUCUUGAAGCCCUACAGCCCCCCGGAGCCGCCCAGGAACAACGAGAAAGGCCCUCCGAAGGGGCCCGCCGCCCGAGGCGCCAAGAACGCCCCGCAGCCCUCCAGCCAGGCAAAGCAGCCCAAUACAGACCGACUGCCCUCGAAGACACAGCAAUCAGCUCUGAAAAGUUCACGGAGCCUGGAAGACAUCGGGGGAGGCCGACGAGGAGGCCAGAAAGACCACGACAGGCUGCACACGCUGGUCACUCCGGUGUCUGAGCUCCAGAAGGCACCUGGGGGCCCCAACAGCAUCUGGACCCCGCCAUAUGCCCCCGUGUACACGCAGCAUGCCUCACCCUUGGAUUAUCAACAUAAUGUGUAUAUCCCCGGGACCCCAACCAUGCCUGCCACCAAGGAUGGCCCCCCUUUUCUGGAUCAGGAGGCCAAGAACAGCUUCUCUACCUUCGGGAAGAGGAAGAAAAUGACUACCUAUUGCGAUAUACAUGACAACAUGGUGAUUAACAAUAACCUGAAGUAAUGCUUGCUUUUGACCAGUAGGGGGCGAGGAGUCUGUCCAGAUCCUGCCCACCGUCCUGGUGAAGCUAGGGUGCAAUUGUGGACCUUAGUCACCUGCAGCGUUCUGCCUGGAACCA